CAACGAAUAUUUCAAGUGUUUCCGAUAUUGUUUCCCCUCCAUUACAAUUCACGUUCAAUCCGGUUAUUGCGAGUGGGUAUAUAUACGCUCUUAUUAUUAGUCAACAAAUAGUUCAGUGACACAACCUCGAACGUCGUGAAUUGAACUUAACAAAAAAUAACAAAAUGUGGUGGUUGCUCGGGAUAGCAGUGGUUUCUUAUUGGUUCUACAAGUAUGUAAUGGUGCCGAGGUCCUAUUGGAAGGAGCGGGGCGUGCCAUUUGAUCCACCAUUGCCCAUUUUCGGAAACUUCUACCCAAUUGUCAGCCGUAAACAAAGUUUCUUUCAUUACCAAGGUGAUGUCUACAAGCAAUUUCCUAACGAUAGAUACUGUGGAAAUUUUCAACUUACUACCCCCACCCUUUUUAUACGCGAUCUGGACUUGAUAAAACAGAUAGCCGUCAAGGAUUUCGACCACUUUACGGAUCACCGCAGUGUGAACACCGCCAACGAUGCUCUCUUCUAUAAAAAUCUCUUCCAGCUCAAAGGCGAAGAAUGGCGCGAAAUGCGCGCUUUUCUAAGUCCCACGUUUACCUCGAGCAAAAUGAAGGGCAUGUUUGACUUAAUGGCGGCGUGCGCCCGUCGCGUCACCACCCAUUUUCUUGAGUUGAACGAAAAAUCUAAUGAAAUUGAAGUGAAGGACUUAUUCACCCGAUAUGCGAAUGACGUUAUAGCCACUUGUGCAUUUGGUGUGGAAUGCGAUUCGUUGAAAAAUCCCGAGAAUGAUUUCUACCUGAACGGAAAUGAAGCCCUGAAUUUCAGUGGUAUUCGAGGAUUAAAAAUUAUGCUUGCGAAUUUUAUGCCGGGACUUUUCAAGUUUCUAAACUUGAGAGUAUUUCCUGAAUCGUUCUCAGAUUUUUUCUUCAAUUGUAUUAAGGAGGCUAUUACCCAUAGGGAGAAACACGGUGUAAUUCGUCCGGAUGUUAUUCAUUUACUGAUGGAAGCGCGAAAGGGAAAAUUGAAGCAUGAUAGUAAACGAGAUGAGAAUGAUAAAGGUUUUGCCGUUGUUGAAGAAUCUAAUUUAGGCAAAGCUGAAGUGCGUUUGGAAGGAAUAUCUGAUGUUGAUAUUGCCUCACAAUGCUUCGUUUUCUAUAUCGCCGGAUUUGAUACCGCUUCUUCAGCCAUGACUUUUACGUUGACUGAACUUGCAAUAAAUCCGGAAGUUCAAGAUAAACUCUUCCAGGAAAUCGAUGAAGUGAUGAAGAGCACGAAAGGAAAUAUAACGUAUGAAGCAGUCAUGAAGAUGAAGUACCUGGAUAUGGUCAUCUCGGAAUCUUUGAGAAAAUGGCCACCAGCACCUUUCUUGGAUCGUUUGUGCGUCAAGGAUUAUCAUAUUGCACCAACAAAGCCCACCGAAGUUCCUGUGGUUGUGAAAGCUGGCGACAUACUUACUGUUCCUGUGAUUGGUAUCCACAAAGACCCGGAAUAUUUCCCAGACCCAGAGCGGUUUGACCCAGAAAGGUUUUCUGAUGAGAACAAAGACAAAAUUGUUCCAUCUAGUUACAUGCCUUUUGGGAUUGGGCCACGUUCGUGCAUAGGUUCACGGUUUGCUUUGCUCGAGGCAAAGAUCAUUAUGGUUGAAUUUUUGCAUAAGUUUGAAGUGUAUGUGAUUGAGAAAACUUCUGUUCCGAUUACUUUGAGCACCAAAACUGUCAAAAUUGCUCCUGAUAAUGGUUUUUGGGUUGGGAUGAAGAGAAAUAACAAAAUGUGGUGGCUUCUCGGGAUAUUAGUAGUUACUUAUUGUUUCUACAAGUAUGUGAUGGUGCCGAGGUCCUAUUGGAAGGAGCGUGGUGUGCCAUUCGAUCCACCGUUGCCCUUUUUCGGAAACUUCUAUCCCAUUAUGAGUCGUCAACAAAGUUUCUUUCAUUACCAAGGUGAUGUUUACAAGAAAUUCCCUAACGACAGGUAUUGUGGGAACUUUCAACUUGCUACGCCCACUCUAUUUGUACGUGAUUUGGAUUUGAUAAAACAGAUAGGCGUCAAGGAUUUUGACCACUUUACCGAUCACCGCACGAUUACUAGCUCUAACGAUACGCUUUUCUAUAAAAAUCUUAUCGUGCUCAAAGGCGAUGAAUGGCGCGAAAUGCGCGCGUUUUUAAGUCCCACGUUUACUUCCAGCAAAAUGAAGGGAAUGUUUGAGUUAAUGUCUGCAUGCGCCCGCCGCGUCACCAAUCACUUUCUUGAGUUAAACAAAAGUCACGAAAUUGAAGUGAAGGACUUGUUCACUCGAUACGCAAACGACGUUAUUGCCACUUGUGCAUUCGGUGUGGAAUGCGAUUCGCUGAGAUAUCCUGAUAAUGAUUUCUACCUGAACGGGAAGGAUGCACUUAAUUUCGGUGGUAUUCGAGGAAUUAAAGCAAUGUUGGCAAACUUUAUACCGGGACUUUUCAAGCUCCUGAAUAUGAGAUUGUUUCCAAAAUCGUUCUCAGAUUUUUUCAUAAAUUGCAUUAAAGACUCGAUUGAGCAUAGGGAGAAAAACAGUAUCAUUCGUCCGGAUGUCAUUCAUUUACUGUUGGAAGCGCGAAAAGGAAAAUUGAAGCACGAUAGCAAACGAGAUGAGAAUGAUAAAGGAUUUUCCGUUGUUGAAGAAUCUAGUUUAGGCAAGGCGGAAGUACGCUUGGAUGGUAUAACGGAUGUUGACAUUGCCGCCCAAUGCUUCAUUUUCUAUAUCGCCGGAUUUGACACCGCUUCUUCAGGCAUGAGUUUUACGUUGACUGAACUUGCAAUAAAUCCGGAAGUUCAAGAUAAACUCUUCCAGGAAAUCGACGAAGCGAUGAAGAGCACGAAUGGAAAAAUAACGUAUGACACUGUCAUGAAGAUGAAAUACUUGGAUAUGGUCAUCUCGGAAUCUUUGAGGAAAUGGCCACCAGCACCUUCGUUGGAUCGUUUGUGCGUCAAGGAUUAUCAUAUUCCACCAACAAAGCCCAACGAAGUUCCUGUGGUUGUAAAAGCUGGCGACGUACUUGCUAUUCCUGUGAUUGGUAUCCAUAAAGACCCGAAAUACUUCCCAGACCCAGAGCGGUUCGACCCAGAACGAUUUUCUGAUGAGAACAAAGACAAAAUUGUUCCAUAUAGUUACAUGCCUUUUGGAAUUGGGCCACGUGCGUGCAUAGGUUCACGGUUUGCUCUCCUGGAAACAAAGAUAAUUUUGAUUGAAUUUUUACACAAGUUUGAAGUGUAUGUAAUUGACAAAACUUCUGUUCCGAUUGCUUUGACUACCAAAAGUUUGAAAAUUGCUCCUGAUAAUGGUUUUUGGGUUGGGAUGAAGAGAAGAUAAUCCCAUUGAAUUGAAUUUACACAUUUUAUAAUGUUUAUUUAUCAAAUAAUGGAAACAAACCUGUAAAA